GGCCGGGGAGCCUGAUUGGCCGGUGCUGCGUGGCGGGGGCGGGCGUUGGCGCCCGGAGCGAUGGCGCCGGCGGCGUUGGGGAGCGAGGCGAGGCCGGGCCGGGCCGGCUCUGGGGGGAUGCGGCGGGCGGCGGCGCGGCGGCGGGGGAGGGCCGCCCGGCGGGGGGAGGCGGCGGCGCGGGGGGUCCGGGGCAGCGGGCUGUACUAGGGGCGCCAUGGGGCGGGAGGCCGCGCCCGCCGGGUGGGCCGCGCUGCUGGGCCAGGAGCGGCAGGCGCGCGAGUUCUGCCCCGGCGCCAACCGGCAGCCCUACGUGUGCGAGACGGGCCACUGCUGCGGGGAGAAGGGCUGCUGCAUCUACUACUACGAGCUGUGGUGGUUCUGGCUCCUGUGGACGGUGCUGAUCCUCUUCAGCUGCUGCUGCGCCUACCGGCACCGCCGCGCCAAGAUGCGCCUGCAGCAGCAGCAGCGCCAGCGGGAGAUCAACCUCAUUGCCUACCACGGUGCCUGCCACUACCCGCCCUCCAUGGCGGACCUCAGGGUGCUGGCUUCCUUCAAGCUGCCCGCCUACGAGGAGGUGGCCAACCGCCCAACCACCCCGCCUCCCCCCUACAGUGCUGCCUUGGGGGGCUCUGCCAGCCGCCUGGGCUCCAGCACCCUCACCCUCACGGGCAGCUCCGAGAACUACACCAGCUGCUCCUGCGAGUCCAGCUGCCUGACGUCCCCCAGCAGCACCUCCCUGUCGGCCACCGAGGAGGCCAGCUCGCCCAGUGAGGCCGAGGCCGAGGGGGCCUGCAGCAGCCGCACGGAGGGCAACUGGGAGCCGGCCAGCCCCUCGCUGCCGGCCCAGCCCCAGCUCCCAAAACACGCGCUCUUCUCUUCCGAUGUGGAGCUUUUCGAAGGCCCCCCGCGGCAAGGCUCGGACAGCGACGACGCCCAGGAGGAGGACGAGCAUUUCCGGCACCGGCGCCUCACGGGGGACUCCGGCAUCGAGGUGGGAAGAGGCCAGGAGGAGGAGGAGGACGGCGAGGAGGAGGAGGAGGCUGCGCAUUUGCUUGGCAAGGGGGUUCCCUGCUCCCCCCCGGAGCCCCAGUGUCUUUGUGGGGAGCAGACUGAAGGGGACCCCAAAGACCUGCCCUCGCCCGCAUUGCCCGUCUGACCGUGGCAGGCUCUGCUUGGCUGACCUUCCCCUUCCUGCUUCGGAGGAACUGACGUCUGGCCGCCGGCCAGGCUGCAGGGACUGGGGAGCAAGUCAUUCACUGUGGAGAAUCACCGCCUUAGCACCGACCUUGCCCUUGGCCGACUCUCGCAUCCGCACUGCCCUCCUCCUGCCCAGCCAGCGCGUAGUGCCCCCCCCAACCUCUGUGACCAAAGGUCUGCUGCUCUUCCCGCCCCGCCCCCCCUAGACCGGCCGGCCGGCCUGCCUUUGUGGGCCUGAUGACUUUGGCUGGGAGGGAGGACUGCGGCCACUUCCUCGCCCUGGCUACUGUUGUGUCUGUGUGUGAGCGUCCCACUGGCUCUGCAACCUUUGGUUCAAGGUGUAGUAAUUCCUCCGGGAGCCAGACACCCUGCGCCGCUCCUUCCCGCUCAAACCUGCACUGGGCCUGCAGACAGCUGGGUGCAUCCAAGGGAUGGUUCUGGCUGACAUGCGCUCCCUCUAGUGAACCGACGAGGCUGGCCGAGGGAGGCUGGCCUCCCCCCCGCUGCAGCUGGGAGCAGCUGGCCCGGCCUCUGGCUUCCUGGCAACCCUAGCCCUGGCAGAGGGGAGGUCUCUCCACAUGUGCUGUUGAGGGCAGCAGUGUGUGCUUGCUAUUAAAGAGAUGUGGUCAUUCUCAGA